CGGUUUCUUUUAGGAGCGAUCUUUUCAGGAAACUGGAAAUCUCGUAAGAGAAGAAUGAGACUUUUAGGCGUGAUCAAGCGCUGUUCUCAAGCAAGAGUGUCCACGAUCUUGUGUUGAAAUAGCAUCCGAGGUUGGGUUUGUGUUCCGUAAAUUCUCAUUCUUCCCCCUAGAUCCCCUAGAUCCCCUAGAUCCCCUAGAUCCCCUAGAUCCCCUAGAUCAAAGUCUAAAACCAAGGAAAAUAGAAAGAACUCUCUUUUCGUUCUGAACUAGACUCUAUCUAUACUCUAUAUAUAUAGCUUGACUUCGUUAAGUUGAUUUGGAGGGAAUUGGAUUGGAUUUUCGAACUUCAAAUCAUGCCGGGGCGACAACAAGAACUCCGAAUUUAUUAUGGGGAUCCCACCCCCAGUGAUCGAACCUUUAUGGACUCCGCGCGAAAUUCCUUUUCUUUUCCUUCCACCAGUAGCAGCGAUAGCAUUUCGUCAACUAUAUCGGACGCGGCAAGCGCUGCGCCCUCUGUAAAUGACCUAUUUACGCAAAUUUGUACCCUUUAUUAGAAUUAGAGAUAUAAAUGCACUUGCUCCUUUUAAGGAAGGGAAAGAAAUCCCCCCCCCCGUAACUCUUCACUCUUCCUCUGCCGGACCUUGUUCGCACAGUGAUUGGGGGCGACGGGAUGUCCCCAGGCUUUCUCACGGAUGCCUACUAUGAUGUCAUGUUAUGUGGACCUCGUAGUUGGGUAUUCGAAGAUCUGGAGAACUUGCUCAAUUUGAUAACCUAUGCCCCCGGGGCAUAGAGAAACUUUUUUUUAUUCCUUUCCUUUUUGAUCUCAUUCGUAUUCUGAUCGAAGAAAGAGGUGAAGCUAUCUUUUUGAAGGCGAUAGUUCACAGUGCUUAUUCUAUAGAUACUUGAAAGGCCAACUCAUGUUUCCACUCUAUUUUCAUUACGAAGAUGUAUCACGUCAGGAUCCGUUGCUCAAACUGAAUCACGCCAACGUUAUGGAAGUUCCUGGAUUGUGUAAAAUAAGAGUAGUACCAAAGGCAGCACCUUCUAUCAAAAAUGGAAAAUUGGCUAUGGAGAUUCCGUGCGGUCAGAAAUUCAUACAGACAGAAAGGUCUUCGACAGGAAAGUCAUUUCGAUCCAAUCCAGGGUCAAAUAAAGAGAAAAAACGAAAAAAAGGAUAUGUCAGUGACCUAGCGCGACAAAGCACUCUCCGAGGGCAUGGAAUGUCUAAUUUUUUAGUCAGAAUCUCCACAGUAAUGUCUCUAUUAGAUUCUCCGGUCGAAAUACGGGAAAACUCUAUUCAAUUCUCGAUGGAAACGGAGUUUUGCGAAUUCUCCCCAGAACUGGAAGAUCAUUUCGAGAUCUUCGAACAUAUUCGAGGGUUCAAUGUGACUAUUGUCACUUCGUCCAACACACAAGAUGAGACUUUACCACCGUGGAGCGGCUUUUUGCAAAAAGAUGAGGGUUUUAACAUUAGAGAUCGAAUUCGAUGUCGGAGAAGCGAAAUAUACGAGAUCACAAACGUAGAUUGCUCGCGGCUAAAUAUGAAUUGA